ACAAAGCGGCGGAGCAGCAGCUGGUGUUCCUGGAAAAAAAGCGAAGUUUAUUUCUCACUUCGCGCUCUCAGACAUGGCGAACUCAGGAGUCCAGCUGCUCGGGUUUUCUCUCUCUCUGGUGGGCAUCAUCGGGCUCAUCGUGGGCACAGUGCUACCGCAGUGGAAAAUGUCCGCAUAUGUAGGAGACAGCAUCAUCACAGCUGUGGCCACAUACCAGGGGCUGUGGAUGUCGUGCGCCUUCCAGAGUACCGGCCAGCUCCAGUGCAAAAUCUACGAUUCCAUCCUGCAGCUGGACAGUGCUCUCCAAGCGACCCGUGCUCUGAUGAUAGUGGGCAUCAUCGUGUCCAUCGCUGGGCUGGGUAUAGCCUGCAUAGGUAUGAAGUGUACCACCUGUGGAGCGGAGGACAAAGUGCGCAAGGCCCGCACUGCCAUGAUGGGUGGCAUCAUCAUGCUCGUCGGGGCUCUUAGUGCAGUUGUUGCAUGUUCCUGGUUUGCCCACAACGUGAUCCGUGCUUUCUACAACCCCUUCACUCCUGCCAACACCAAGUUUGAGUUUGGGGCAGCCAUUUUCAUUGCAUGGGGUGGAUCUUUUCUCGAUCUUCUCGGAGGAGUUAUGUUGGCGGCCUCCUGCCCUAGGAGCAAACAGGUGUCCAAGUACCCUAAAAACUCAACUCGUGCCUCUAGUACCACCAAGGAGUAUGUUUGAUCUCCAUAAUGUUAACAGACGGGAAAUGUUCACGGUCAAGAAUCUGCAUAAUUUUUUUAAAAUGAACUGUAUUGGACUGGAGGAAUUAAACUGACGUAGAUGGACAGCUUGGUUAAUCCAUGAGGAGACAACUCCAGAAAUGGUCAGAAAUCAGAUAAUACAAGAGUGUUAUUCUGUUUUUGCAGCACUGCAGCUUCAUUGUGUUCAUAUUUAAAUAAAGUUUACAUGUUUUAAUAACCCUUGGUGCAACAAUGCUGAAGUAUUAGUGGAUUUUAAAUGGGCCCUGUAAUACUGGGAUGUGUCUGGAUCCAAUACAGAGGAAAAUCUAAUUUGUUUAGAACGAUUAGUGUUAAACGUGUGACACUAUGUACCCCACUAGAGGGCAGUAUAGAUAUUUGAAUUAGAAGAAAUGUACCAGGGCAAACAGUAUUGGACAUUCACAGUGAAAAACUGAAAUUUGGCUUUUCGAUGGACAUUUGCCAUAAUAGUGCAUUAUAUAUAUAUAAUAGUUAUAGCAUAUGUUUUUAUUUGAUUAUAUGAUUAUUUGUCAUAUAUACAUACAUGUAUAUAUACAUGCUCAAGAGCCCAUCAGUGGCUCCUUGUGUUUAUAUGAACAGAUUUGUAUUACUUUUACUGUUUUAUCAUUUUAAUUGGUUGGUUACUUGUAUCUUUCAUUUCAACAUGUGAAGUAUAAGUAAUAAAGACAUUUUCGUUUCAUUUA